UGUUAAUACAAGAAAAAUGAUAUCUUAGAUUGUAAAAUACAUUUAGAAAAAUGGAAAUUCUUGCCCACUAAUUAUGGAAGAUUGGUGACGUUCCGCAUAAAAUCUUAUCCACCACUGGAACUCUUGUGUGGAGGAUUGAUUUUAGCAUGGUUAAUUAACCAUUAUUUUAGCAUAAGUUUAUCAUAUUCGGUGAAAAGCAUUUGUUACAUGGUUGCGAUUGCUACUAGUUGAGCGGUGUAUUCUCGUAGAAUUUUCCGUCUACUUGGAGUUACAUUUUGAAAUGAAUAGCGAUUUCGACGAAAGAAGCGGUGUUGCAUGUUGCAAGACUCCCUGGGGUAAUUGGUAUCAAACUGUGGAGGACGUGGUUGUUGUUGUUGAUGUUGAGAAAGGGACAAGGGGGAAAGAAGUAAAUGUGGUGAUUGAACCCCAGCAUUUAUCUUGCGUUGUGAGGGGGAAGGAAUUAUUUAACAGCCCCCUACCGCAAGGAAUAUUGGUGGACGAAUCAACUUGGAGUGUGGAAGAUCAAAAAUUAAUCCGAAUAUUGCUUGUGAAACGCAGUCGCAAGAAAGAAAAUUGUUUUUGGCCAUCAUUAUUUGAGGGUGGAGAAUUUGCUGUAGACCCUUUAACGAAAGAUCAAAUGCAAAAAAAUUUGACUCUCGAAAGAUUUGAACUCGAAAAUCCAGGAUUCGAUUUCAGUAACGCUGAGAUCACAGGGAAUUAUGAAGAUGGUGGACCAACUCUUGACCUCAGAAAAGAGUAUUAACCUUGAAUCUCCGAAAGCAAUACUACAUUUUACU